AAGUUUUACUACGGCCGCUAGAGGUGGAUGCAAAAGCGUAGUCCUGGGUGGGAUCGACUCAUUAGAUGGACAACAAGCUUCAACUCGUUCUCCAAAACGUUACUCGUUAUGACAUCAGCUUCAUAUUCAAUAAUUAUAGGCCACUAAUUUAAUGUUCAUUCGAAGGUGUUUUUUCUAUUCAAUGAAGGAGUCGGACAACUUCGAUAUUUAUGGGCGUAUACCUUCUCGCUUUUCCCGCUUAAGUGGAGUUAAGGUGAGAGAGAAGGCCAUAAUUCCAUCAUAGAUCUGCCACUGAAGCAAAAUGUGACAGUGACUUGGAUGUAAGCGAGACACCGGACAGAACUUCACAAACUUUCUCCAUGAGACUCGGGAGAAGCACGCGCUUGGGAGAGGAUACCAACUUUCCAGAACGCAGGUUGAUGCGUAAUUUAGAACUUUUAUUAACCCGAACCGACUGAUUACGCGAUACUUUUGUGGACCUGCUAAGAAGCGCACAUCGACUGAAAAUACAUUUAUAAUCGAAACGAAGAAUCGUCAUCUUUUUGGGGGGUUUGUUUGCUUGGGAUGGAGCUCAACAUUAUACCUGUGUAACAACAACUACCCAUCAUUAAGAUGGCAGCGUUCACACCUUUAAACAGGGCUGCAUUUGGACUCGUCUGGAGCUGCCUGAGUUUUCUGAACUGCGUUCAUUGUGGUUUGGGAGACAACCAUGUCCAUUCUAGUUUUAUUUACAGGAGGCUGCGUAACCACGAACGAAAGGAGAUCCAGAGAGAAAUCCUCUCUAUCUUGGGGCUGCCUCACCGUCCCAGGCCGUUCUCACCGGGCAAGCAGGCAUCCUCAGCACCCUUGUUCAUGCUCGACCUGUACAACGCCAUGACCACAGAGGAGGAGGAAGCUAUACAGCAGAGUACGGGGAAAGGAUUCAACGGGAAAGCGCAUGGGCUUCCGCGCAAAGGGUUCUACGGCUCUCCACAGGGGUACUCUCGCGUGGCGCAGCCGUACCGAGCGGCCCCUCUCACGAGCCAGAGUCCCCCACAGACAACAUCACACGACACCAACUUUCUCAAUGACGCUGACAUGGUCAUGAGCUUUGUUAAUUUAGUGGAGAAAGACAAGGAUUUCUCCCACCAGAGGAGACACCAUAAAGAGUUCCGCUUCGACCUGACCCAGAUCCCCGAGGGCGAGGCGGUGACGGCGGCAGAGUUUAGGAUAUAUAAGGACCGCAGUCACGUCCGCUACGAAAACAUCACUCUGAAAGUCACCGUGUACCAGGUGGUCAAGGAGUACCUACACAGAGAUGCGGAGACGUUCCUGCUGGACUCUAGAAAGAUCCGAGCAUCAGACGGGGGCUGGCUGGUCUUCGACAUCACCGCCACCAGCAACCACUGGGUCCUCAACCCACAGCAGAACAUGGGCCUGCAGCUGUCUGUGGAGACUACGGAUGGGCGCAGCAUCAACAUGAAGUCCGCCGGUGUGGUGGGGCGCGGCGGCCCCCAGUCCAAACAGCCCUUCCUGGUGGCGUUCUUCAAGGCCAGCGAGGUUCUUCUGCGGUCGGUCCGGGCGGCCGGGGGGAAGAAGAAGAACCACAACCGCAACAAGUCUGUGGGCCAACAGGAGGCCUCGCGCUCUGCUAAAGGUGCAGAGCUCAACACAAGCGAACAGAAGCAAGCCUGCAAGAAGCACGAGCUGUACGUGAGCUUCAGAGACCUGGGGUGGCAGGACUGGAUCAUCGCCCCGGAGGGCUACGCAGCGUUCUACUGCGAUGGAGAGUGCUCGUUUCCUCUCAACGCACACAUGAACGCAACCAACCAUGCCAUCGUACAAACCCUGGUUCAUCUGAUGUUCCCUGAUAACGUGCCAAAGCCAUGCUGCGCCCCCACCAAGCUGAACGCCAUCUCCGUCCUUUACUUCGACGACAGCUCCAACGUCAUCCUGAAGAAGUACAGGAACAUGGUCGUGAGGUCUUGUGGCUGUCAUUGACGGUCGAGCAGGGUUAUUUCUCUAUGUGGUAUCGCUGGAAAAAGCAAAGCAACAUAUCAAUAUUGAUAGAUCUUGAGGUGUGAUGUGAUGUACAGUAUUAUUUAUAUACAUUAUUAGAUUUUUUUUAUGUUAACUUAUUUAUUUCUUUGUCUAUGUUUUGAUAGAACUCUGUACUGUAAAGCAAGUAGGACAAUGAAGAACAAGUUGAGUGCCUAAACCACCGCCCUCAUGGGCACUUGGUGAGGUCCUGAGAGACGACUAAGCGCAGGCUGUUACAGUACAUUCCGUUUCAUGCAGUUUCACCAAGCAGAGCAGAGUUUUUCUUUUUACAGCCAACAUACAGUCAAUUUGUCAGAUGAUUCCAGCACUCCCAUAGCACUGUCUCUUUGAACUCAGCUAUGUUCAUUGUUUAUUUUAACCACUCAAGGUACAGUAGGUUUACAUUUGCUGCUAUGAUGAAAUGAGCUAGCAUUUCCGGCUGUACUGGUAGAAAUAUCUCUGUUGUUUCUGUCUUAGCAACAGAGUCUUACUGCUUUACAACUGUGUUAUACAGGAUUGUAAUUGUCAAUAGGCUUUACAAGGCUUUCUUUCUUGCCAUCAGAUACAUAAAAAUACAUAUGAAAGUUAAAUAUGAAAAACAUUUAAUUUAAGUAGCAGUAUAUUUUCAUAUCGUUCAUACUCGAUAGCAAUAGUAAUAGCUUAACCAAAAAAGAACACCUUUGUCCAAUGUUUGAAUUCACUGUUAUUUUGUUAUUGUCAUGUCAUAAUAAUAUGAGUAAUAUAUGUUUGGAAAGAGUACAACUGUAUUAGAGUGUUAAUAUUAUUAAAUGUAUUUGUUUCAAA